AUGUCAAAAGAUCCAUACUACUCUGACAGAUAUAAGGAUGACCAAUACGAGUAUAGACAUGUAAUUCUUCCUGAUGAAAUGGCAGCAAAACUUAUAAAAGACCAUUUAAUGACUGAGGAUGAGUGGAGGAAACUAGGAAUACAACAAAGUGUUGGAUGGGUUCAUUAUGAUAUUUUUAAACCUGAACCAAAUGUGUUAUUAUUUAGAAGAAAAAGAACUGAUAUAUAA